CCAGCUUCCAGACUCCGUGCCUGAUUGCUGAGCCCCGUGCAAGUCUCGUCUCUCUCUCUCUUUCGCUUCUUUUCAAUUCUUUUUUGCGCAGGUCCGCCUAAAGCUUGCUAAGCGGGUACCUUUUCAUUCCUUUUCUUUCUGUUUUCCAGGUGAUCUUCAGGCCAAGAAUAAUAAUAAGACAGUCUACACUCGUUUACUUUGCCCCUGGAGGGCCUCGCCUUUGAAUCGCUGUGUUGUCUAUCUCAAUCUUCGGAAGCCCUCGACGCCUGGUUGCGGGUUCCUCAUCAAGGUCUCGGACAGUAAUACAAACAGAGCACAGAGGAUCAUCCGUUACGAUGAGGAAAGGACAACAUAAUGGGAUGGGGCCCAAUCCCUCGUUCACAUGGCACGUUGGAGUGCUUCUGCUGCUUGCGAUAUCCAAGAAUACGGUCAACGCACAAUGGAACGCCACUAUGUCAAACGCAGGACAGCAGCUUGCUGCUGGAACGUUGGGAUCUGUUGGACCUCUACCCGGAGCACCCACGCCGACACAAUCAUUAUUGGUUGGGACCGGAAACCUGAAGUCCAGUCCAGCGGUGGCAAUAAUCCCCCAAGCGCAAGCUGCAGCGGACACCCUUGGAUCUGUUGGGCUUUUGCCCGGAGCACCUACGCCGACACAAUCAUUGUUGGUUGGGGUAAGAUAUGUUGAUUUCUAAAAUUUGUGCUGCUACUGAUUCUUACCAACAAUCAUAGACCGGAAACCUGAAGUCUAGUCAGGCGGUGGCCGCAUCAUCAUCAGUCGCCGUAGUUGCAACAUCAUCGUCGGUAGCCGCAGUCGCAGCAUCAUCAUCAGUUGCCGCAGCUGCAGCAUCAUCGUCAGUGGCCGCAAUUGCAACAUCAUCGUCCUCGGUAGUCGCAGUCGCAGCAUCGUCCUCGG